AUGGGUGUCGUAGAGAAGAUCAAGGAGAUCGAGGCCGAAAUGGCCCGGACUCAGAAAAACAAGGCAACUGAAUAUCAUAUUGGUCUCUUGCGUGCCAAGCUAGCCAAGCUGCGUAUGCAGCUGCUGGAGCCGGACAAGAAGAGCAGCAAAUCUGGUGAGGGUUUUGAUGUCAUGAAGUCUGGCAAUGCGCGUGUAGUGUUGAUUGGAUUCCCCUCUGUGGGCAAAUCGACUUUACUAUCGACGAUCACAGAAACGGAAAGCGCUACGGCUGCGUAUGAGUAUACUACAUUGACAGCGAUUCCUGGUGUCUUGGAGUACGAAGGUGCUCGUAUCCAGCUUUUGGACUUGCCAGGUAUUAUUGAAGGCGCUGCCCAGGGUCGUGGUCGUGGUCGUCAAGUUGUCAGUGUGGCCAAGACGGCUGACUUGGUAUUGAUGAUGCUGGACGCGACAAAGUCAUCUCAGCAGCGCCCCCUUUUAGAAAAAGAGCUGGAAGAUGUCGGUAUUCGUCUUAAUCAAACCAAGCCGGAUGUGGUCCUCAAGAAAAAGUCAGGUGGUGGCAUUGUCGUUACUAAGGCUAUGGGCUUGACGCUGACGAAGAUUGAUGAGAAGAUGAUCCGAUCUAUUUUGCAGGGUUACAAGAUCCACAACUGUGAUGUGAUGAUCCGUGAAGAUAUUACCGUCGACCAAUUCAUCGAUGUAUUGCUGGGCAACCGCAAGUACGUCCGAUGCUUGUAUGUAUACAACAAGAUCGAUGGGAUCAGUAUGGAGGAAAUGGACAGGCUUGCAAAUGAGCCGAACAGUGUCGUGAUCAGCUGCAACCUGAACUUAAACUUGGACUAUUUGAUUGACAGCAUUUGGGAAGAGCUUGGUCUCAACCGCAUUUAUACCAAGAAGCGUGGCGAGCAUCCUGACUUGGAAGAUCCGAUUGUGGUGCGACGGGGUGCAACUAUUGAGCAUGUGUGUCAUGCCGUGCAUAGGGCGUUGGUGGAUAAGUUUGCCUAUGCGAUGGUAUAUGGCAAAUCGAGCAAGUUCCCGCUCGCCCAAAAAGUGGGCCUCAACCAUGUUGUGGCGAACGAUGAUGUGGUGACAAUUUUCACUCGCUGA